AGUAAAUUAGUAAAACAAAAUGUCAGCCUCCAUGUCCAAUUUAAGAACAGUAAAAUAACGGCGAAUUCUUCCGUUAAAACAUGGCGAAUGAAGUGAAGCAAAGUGCAGAUUUUCGUUGUAUUGAAUGUGGAUUUUACUCAAGAGAACUAUAUCAUGAUUAUGGCAAUGGAAUCAUCAAAAUAUCUCAUUGUGAGAAGUGCAAGCAAGUAGUGGACAAGUAUGUAGAGUUUGAUCCUGUCAUUGUUCUGAUAGACGCUCUACUCUUCAAACCGCAGGCAUAUCGGCACGUACUCUUCAACAAAGAUAUUACAUUCCAUUGGCGAUUGUGCAUUGUGUGCCUUCUUUGUGAUGCCUAUAUGAAAUGGGCUCACAAAUCUGAUGCCCCUUCUGAGGAGGAAAGUAAGCCAUUCCUACACUACGCCCUCCAGUGGGACUUCUAUGCCAUGUUCACGAUUGCAGGAUUAGAAUUAUUAGCUUUUAUUGCUGGAGUAGUAGGUAUCUGCGUUUUACAUGCUGCCUUCUCCGACACCUGGGAACAUUGGAAAGGAAGAUCAUCUCUUCUUGUUAAAGCACUUUUACUUUCAUCUACUGGGAAGCUAUUGGUCAUUCCAGUGGUCAUUUGGGGAGAGACUCAUAUCUAUACAACCCUUCUACUGACCAGGCUUUUCAUGACAGUGGCCAGUACUCAAGCCAUUACAGUGAUCUUGGACUGUCCACAUAUCACCAGUAUAUCAUUAGUUGGGUUUGGAUUCAUCACCGAGGCUCUGGUAAGGCUACUAACACCUUCUAUUGAGAACAUCCUCCGUGUAAGCUGACAAUGGAUAUCAUGACGGCCAGAUCACCGAUGCCAGGGAUUUUUUAUUUCUCAAGUUGAAGGAGCAAGGUAGACAUGUUUUGUGUAAAGCCAUUACAAUGUCCAUUCAUUGUAUAUGAGGAAAAGCCAUGAUGCUUUCGUUAUGGAACUGGAUUACAUAGCACCUUUUGCAGAGGAUGCAAGGUGCAACUAUUACCCCAGCUUUAGCUGAAGCUGCAACUUCUUCAGCGGUGCUCAGCGCGUUUCAAGGAAUUAAUCCUGCCAGGUACCCAUAACCUCACCUGGGUUGAGGGCAGCACGAUGUGGAUAAAUUCUUGCUGAAGGAAAACAUGCAAUGGCUGAGAUUUGAAUCAACAACCCUCUGUGUGAAAGAUGAGGGACAGAACCACUAGACCAUCUAGAUGUACUCUUUGAGCUGAAUAGAAGCGAGGGGUGAUUGAAUGCCAUUAUAAUAGUUAGUUGAUUUUUUUUUGUAGCAAAUAGAUGCAUUAAAGAGUGCAUUCCCUAGACGAGUAAGAGUGCCGCUGGUCAGUACUCAUUAAGUAUUAUAGGACUGUGAAUGUUACUAGAGGACAAUGGCUGCUCCAUCAGCAAAUUGUGAUCCACUUCUACCAGAAAAUUAUGCAAGGAACUUAAUAAAUUGAUGAUAUACAGUGUAUCCAACAAAAAGGAAAACAAGGUUCGAUUUACCUUUUCUCUAAUAUCUUUAUUUACAUCAUUAUAUCAUCUCUAUCUUGAUACCUUAGAUGUCACAUGAAUCUACACAUUGAUCAUCAAGCAGUUUGAAAUUGAAAUUCCAAUUAUCAAGUCGUGCAGUAAAAAUCUAGUCAAGACUUAUUUAAGAAACAAUGAUUGAUGUUUCUGCACAAAUCAAUUUUCUGGCUUCACUUAUGGGUCGUAAUCUGCCAUGCGUAAUGUAUCUACCUGGUAGUCAGUCACAAAUCAGAAGAUUUAACUCAUUGUAAUGUCAAUUUUGAAUCCAAUUUGUUUGAUUAGGAUAUCUGUUCUUGAAACCGUGUUUCCUCUUUUUUGGACACACUGUACAUAGUAUUGUUUUGAUCCUUGUGAUUUCUAAACAUAGCCAGUCCAGUUGAAUGCAAUGCCUAUCAACUGCAUUGCAUGCAAUAUAUUUUAAUACGAUGAAAAAUAUUGAAUGAAAUCAGAAUCAGAUGUUGAAAAUAAAUCCCAAUUUGAUGAAGGA